AGAAUUGGUCAGUUGUGUAGGUUGGACAACAGCAGAUGAGUUAUAUUCAUCCAGUGAUGAUCAUCAAAUACUGAAGUGGAAUUUAUUAACAAAUGAAACAAUACAAGUUGUAAGACUUGCUGAAGAAAUCUAUCCCAUAGACCUGCACUGGUUUCCAAAGACUACAGGGGGCAAGAAGCAGAUCCAGACAGAAAUAUUUGUGCUCACCAGUACUGAUGGCAAAUUUCAUCUGGUUUCAAAGACUGGGCGGGUGGAAAAAAGUGUAGAAGCCCAUCGUGGAGCUGUGCUGGCAGGAAGGUGGAAUUAUGAGGGAACUGCUUUGGUAACAGUUGGUGAAGAUGGACAAAUUAAGAUUUGGUCCAAAACUGGAAUGCUGCGAUCCACAAUGGUGCAACAAGGUACUCCAGUAUAUUCAGUAGCAUGGGGUCCAGAUUCAGACAAGAUUCUUUACACCUCAGGAAAACAACUGAUUAUUAAACCUCUACAACCAAAUGCCAAACUCUUUCAGUGGAAAGCACACGAUGGAGUCAUUCUGAAGGUUGACUGGAAUAUAGUGAAUGAUCUCAUCCUUUCUGGUGGUGAGGAUUGUAAAUACAAGGUGUGGGAUAGUUAUGGACGUCUGUUGUAUAGCUCUCAGGCGCAUGACUAUCCUAUAACAUCUGUGGCUUGGGCACCUGAUGGGCAAUUAUUUGCUGUUGGAUCAUUCAACACCCUUCGUCUAUGUGAUAAAACUGGGUGGUCUUAUGCACUUGAAAAGCCAAACACAGGAAGUGUGUUCAACAUUGCUUGGUCGGUUGAUGGCACUCAAAUAGCUGGAGCUUGUGGUAACGGCCAUGUGAUCUUUGCCCAUAUCAUAGAACAGCAUUGGGAAUGGAAGAACUUUGAAAUCACAUUGACCAAACGAAGAUCUAUGCAGGUGCGAAAUGUGUUGAAUGAUGCACUAGAUGUUUUAGAAUUCCGUGAUCGGAUAAUAAAGGCCUCAUUAUCCCAUGGUCAUUUGGUUGUUGUGACUUCACUGCAGUGUUACGUGUAUAGUACAAAGAAUUGGAAUACUCCACUGAUAUUUGACUUAAAAGAAGGUACUGUUAGUUUAAUUCUACAGGCAGAGAGACAUUUUCUGCUGCUUGACGGAGCGGGAAUUUAUUUGUAUUCGUAUGAGGGUCGCCUUAUUUCUUCUCCAAAGUUCCCAGGGAUGAGAACGGACAUACUGAGCUCACAGACCGUUUCACUCAGCAAUGAUACAAUUGCAGUGAGAGAUAAGGCUGAUGAUAAAGUAAUUUAUCUUAUUGAUGCAAUCUCUGGAAAGCCCCUUGGUGAUGGAAAACCUCUUGUUCACAAGAUAGAAGUGCUGGAGGUUGCACUGGAUCAAUUUGGCUCAGCGAAUGAAAGAAAAAUUGCCAUCAUUGAUAAAAAUCGAGAUCUGUAUAUUGCUUCGGUGCGUAGAUUUGGGAAAGAACAAAAAAUCAUCAAAAUUGGUACAAUGGUGCACUCUAUAGCUUGGAAUGACAAGAUCAAUAUAUUAUGUGGAAUGCAGAAUAUGUAUUUUGUAGUUUGGUAUUAUCCUAACUCAAUCUACGUGGACAAGGAACUUUUAUCCAAAACAGUUUACGAAAAAGAUGCAAGUGAAUUUGGUAAAAGUCCUCAGAUUGUGAACUAUGUGGGAAACCAGGUUACAGUCAGAAGAGCUGAUGGCUCACUGAUAUAUACAAGUAUAUCACCAUAUCCAGCCAUUCUGCACGAAUAUGUCAGUGCCUCACGCUGGGAUGAUGCUGUUCGCCUGUGUCGCUUUGUUAAGGAACAAACAAUGUGGUCAUGCCUUGCUGCUAUGGCAAUUGCACACAAAGAUCUAAUGACAGCAGAGGUUGCUUAUGCAGCAAUUGGCGAGAUUGAUAAAGUGCAGUACAUCAACUUUAUCAAGGAUUUACCCUCAAAAGAGACACGCAUGGCACACCUGCUGCUACUUACUGGAAAUGUACAAGAUGCUGAGGGAAUUUUAAUCCAGGCGGGCCUUAUUUACCAAGCUAUUCAAAUAAAUAUUAACCUCUUCAACUGGGAUAGAGCUCUGGAACUGGCUGUAAAAUACAAGACACAUGUAGAUACUGUCCUAGCUUACAGGAAGAAAUUUUUGGAGGAUUUCCAAAAAGAAGAAUCCAGCAAGAGAUUUUUACAGUAUGCAGAAGGGGUAGAAGUUAAUUGGGAGAAAAUUCAAGCCAAAAUUGAAAUGGAAAUUUCAAAAGAACGAGAGCAUGCAGCCACUAUUAUUAAUUUAAAUUCAGCUGGAUCCAGGAGCACACACAUAAACCGGUAAUUUAAGGCUCAGGAUUGACAACUUCAGAUGGAGUUUACAUAACAGACCGUUAAAGUUUUUCUACCUUUUGUUUAUAGUUGAAGGAAAUGUUUGCAAGAUUUUGGGAUUAAAAGUUAAAAUAAAGUUCAGCAAGUUUAUUUUUUAUCACAGCACAAUAAACAAGUAUUUUUCAAGUAAUGUCAUUCAUUUGUUAUUGUAAAUAUAUCUAAUGUACUUUUCAAACAAUUGUGGUUUUCUCUUCUGUAUUAAAUACAAAGUAGAAUUAAUUUAAUUUGAAAUAAUCAAUUUCAAAAGCUUGUGUUGUAGUUCCAACAUUAAUCAUCUUAAUAAAUGAUCUUAUUGUAUGUUAGUUGUAAUAAAUGACAAUUAAAUAAUGUAAUUCAGA